CAGGACCCGGAUCUGAGGAGGACCGAAUCUGCGCUAUUAACCCGGAACAUGGUGCUCUGAACCCGGUCCUGUGAGCCCGGUUCCGUCCCGGAUCAGACCCGCGGACCCGGUCCUCUGAACCCGGUCCUGUGACCCCCGGACCGGCACCAUGCUGGGCAUGUACGUCCCGGACCGGUUCUCCCUGAAAGCGUCUCGAGUCCAGGACGGGGUCGGGCUGUUCACCGCGAGGAGGGUCAGAAAGGGAGAGAAGUUCGGUCCGUUUGCCGGAGAGAAGAAGCUUCCUGGGGAGCUGGACGAGAGUCUGGACACCCGGCUGAUGUGGGAGGUGCGUAGCAGUAAAGGAGACGUGCUGUACAUCCUGGAUGCUAGCAACCCGCGCUACGCUAACUGGCUGCGCUUCGUGCACCAGGCGCCGUCUCAGGAGCAGAAGAACCUGGCCGCCAUCCAG